GCAUUGAUGGGUCGGUGUUGAACGUGCAAUAUGCUUCGACGACGUACAGAUCUGACGACCCUUUCCUGCCCAACGAGUGGCAUUACGUGUGCGUGUAUUACGACCCUCAGGAUGAGAAGGUGAAGGUGCACAUGCGAGGGAAAAACAGCGGCCUCGUGACGACACCUUUGGAGCCGGAGAACGCCACGGCCGAGGAAGCGGACGGCGAGGACGUGCUCUGCCUGGGCUCCUUCGGAGAGUCCCCGGCCUUCGGCGGCGCCAUCCUGGCCUUCUCCGUGCAGUCCUGGGAGGCGGGCACGGACGCCAAACCGACGCCCUACCGGCCAGCUGACUGCACCGCCCUCUCGCCCAGCGACGCCCUCAUCACCCUCGACUCGGCGUGGACCGAGGCCGGGGACGUGAGGCCGUUUGACGUCGAGCCGGAUCAGAUCUGCGCCGAGGCGUUCACCAAGGUCCUUGUCAGGCUCUUCGCGGGGCACCGGCCUCACGCAGGCGCGUGCAGGAGGUUGGACGGCCGCCUCCCGACCCGGAGCGAAGUGGAGACCGCCACCCUGAACAUCUCAAGGGACCUCGCCCUCAACUGUUCCAAUGCCAACAACGUCUCCUUCUGGCUCUACUGGCAGAAGCAAAGCCAUAACAUGUCGGCAACCUGCACGGCCAUGCUCGCCAACGGCAGCGUCGCAACCUACCCGUGCAUCAGCGAAGUGAUGUGCAGCAUCUGCCUCGUGCCAGCGAAGAAAAGGUUCACGCUCUAUGGGCCUCUUGAAAUAUUCGACCACCAUUACACCCUGACUGCCGACGCCGAAGGCUCAGUGCAGUUCGUCGGCGACGUCUCGACGAUACAGCAAGACGAGAACGGCUGGCUCCUGGCAUCUUCUCUCCACGUGCAGACGAUGCGCGUGACGGAGGUGCUGCCGGUGGGCAGACACAGUUGGUUCUCAAGCCUUAAGAAGAAGAAUCUGAUCCUGGCGAUGACCUCCUGCGGGCCUGAGCAGUAUUCCUGCGGCGACAACACCUGCAUCGCGCGAUCCGCCUUCUGCAACACCGUCGGGGACUGUCGAGACGGGAGCGACGAGAGCGCGUGCAACCCCGUGCGCCUCCCUCCCGAGUACGACAAAAACAAAAACCCGCGCCUCGGCAGUAGCUCGCAGGGCCACCUCACGUACAGCGUCUACUUGUAUGCGCUAAGUGACAUCAAAACCUAUUGA